UCUUCUUGGGUGGCAUCCAGAUUGCUGUCUGCACGUGUCUGAGCCAUGGAGUCCACCGUGGCUGACGUACACCUCGUGCCCAGGGCAACCAAGGAGGUCCCCGCUCCGGACGCCGCGUGCUGUCGAGCAGCCACUGUUGGUGUGGUGGCCACCAGCCUUGUCGUCCUCACCCUGGGAGUCGUUUUGGCCUUCCUCUCUAUGCAGGGCGUCCACGUGGACCACACGGCCCAGCUGUGGGGCAUCCGAUGGGCCAGCAGUUUGCGGCAGGAGGCCUCGGACUAUCACCGCACGCUGACGCCCACCCUGGAGGCACUGUUUGUAAGUAGUUUUCAGAAGACAGAGUUAGAGGCAAGCUGUGUGGGCUGCACGGUGCUGAAUUACAGGGAUGGGAACUCCAGCGUCCUGGUGCAUUUCCAGCUGCACUUUCUGCUGCGACCCCUCCAGACGCUGAGCCUGGGCCGGGAGGAGGAGCUACUUCAGGAAGGGAUCCGGGCAAGGCUGCAGAAGCACGGCAUCUCCCUGGCUGCCUACGGCACCAUUGUGUCGGCUGAGCUCACAGGAAGACAUAAGGGACCCUUGGCAGAAAGAGACUUAAAAUCAGGCCGCUGUCCAGGGAACUCCUUUUCCUGCCACAACGGCCAGUGUGUGACCAAGCUGAACCCGGAAUGUGAUGACCAGCAGGACUGCUCCGACGGGUCCGACGAGGCACUCUGCGAGUGUGGCUUGCAGCCUGCCUGGAGGACGGCCGGCAGGAUCGUGGGUGGCGUGGAAGCGUCCCCGGGGGAGUUUCCGUGGCAGGCCAGCCUUCGAGAGAAAAAGGAGCACUUCUGUGGGGCCACGGUCAUCGGCGCCAGGUGGCUGGUGUCUGCCGCGCACUGCUUCAACGAAUUCCAGGACCCGACAGAGUGGGUGGUCUACGUGGGUACGACCCACCUCAGUGGCUCAGAGGCCAGCACCGUGCGGGCCCGGGUGGCCCAGAUCAUCAAGCAUCCCCUGUACAACGCGGACACAGCUGACUUCGACGUGGCCGUGCUGGAGCUGACCAGCCCUCUGGCUUUCGGCCGGCACAUCCAGCCCGUGUGCCUCCCAGCCGCCACGCAUGUCUUCCCACCCAGCAAGAAGUGCCUGAUCUCGGGCUGGGGCUACCUGAAGGAGGACUUCCGAUUACCAGCACAGGCCUGGGUGCAGCUGGUGUCCUGGGAACCCCCACUCCCAUGCUCCCGUCCGAGCAGGCCAGGAUCCCCAGCCCUGGUCUUGUGUCCCCUUCCAGAAUGCGGGGCCAGGCCUGCGAUGGAGAAGCCCCCCCGGAUCGUGGGCGGGUUUGCAGCGGACUCCGGGGAGGUGCCCUGGCAGGUCAGCCUGAAGGAAGGGGCCCGGCACUUCUGUGGAGCAACGGUGGUGGGCGACCGCUGGCUGCUGUCUGCCGCACACUGCUUCAACCACACGAAGGUGGAGCAGGUCCGGGCCCACCUGGGCACUGCGUCCCUCCUGGGGCUGGGCGGAAGCCCGGCGAAGGUCGGGCUGCGGCGGGUGGUGCUGCACCCCCUCUACAACCCUGGCAUCCUGGACUUCGACCUGGCCGUCCUGGAGCUGGCCAGCCCCCUGGCCUUCAACAAGUACAUCCAGCCUGUCUGCCUGCCCCUGGCCAUCCAGAAGUUCCCCGUGGGCCGGAAGUGCAUGAUCUCCGGAUGGGGAAAUACACAGGAAGGAAACGGUGAGCCCUGCCCCACUGAGGGGAAUGGCGGGUUCAUUCUCCAGGACCCUAAACCAAUUCCACCGCACAGGGACCUCUGUGCCUCGUCCCUUUGUCUCUGGUCCCAAUGCCCACACACCACUCACCUCUCCAUUGCGUCUCAGGGGAAAAUCUGGCCGUUGCCCCUUUCUAAAGUUUCAUUGGAAAAAGGGCCACGUUCAACCAACGCUGUGCCCUCCCAUCCCCCGAUGAGCCCCACCGACUGUAGGAACACAAGAGGGUCUGCAGUGCUGGGAAGAGAGGGUUCUCGGAGAAUCAACCAGCUCUCUUUCCCUCCUUUCCAGGGCGACUCUGGGGGCCCCCUGGCCUGCGAGGAGACCCCCGGCGUGUUUUAUCUGGCAGGGAUCGUGAGCUGGGGGAUUGGCUGUGCCCAAGUUAAGAAGCCCGGCGUGUACACGCGCAUCACGAGGCUGAAGGGCUGGAUUCUGGAGACCAUGGCCUCCCAGCCCCUUCCCGUAUCUCCGCCCUUGACCACAAGGACGCUGGCCACCACCAGCCAUCCCCCCAGGACGACGGCUGGCCUCACAGUCCUGGGGCCCACCCCCAGCCAACCCACCCCCGUGGCCACCAGCAGGGUGACCGGCCAACCUGCCAACUCAACCUUAUCUGCUGUGAGCAUCACCUCUGGGGGACAGACGCCACUUCCAGACAGCCCAGAGGCCACCACCCGCUACCAGCUACCAGACUGCGGCCUGACGCCGGCGGCGCUCACCAGGAUUGUCGGGGGCAGCGCGGCGGGCCGUGGGGAGUGGCCGUGGCAGGUGAGCCUGUGGCUGCGGCGCCGGGAGCACCGCUGUGGGGCCGUGCUGGUGGCAGAGAGGUGGCUGCUGUCCGCUGCGCACUGCUUCGACGUCUACGGGGACCCCAAGCAGUGGGCGGCCUUCCUGGGCACGCCGUUCCUGAGCGGCGCGGAGGGGCAGCUGGAGCGCGUGGCGCAUAUCUACAAGCACCCGUUCUACAACCUCUACACCCUGGACUACGACGUGGCGCUGCUGGAGCUGGCGGGCCCGGUGCGCCGCAGCCGCCUGGUGCGCCCCAUCUGCCUGCCCGAGCCCGCUCCAAGACCCCCGGACGGCGCGCGCUGUGUCAUCACCGGCUGGGGCUCGGUGCGCGAGGGAGGCUCCAUGGCGCGGCAGCUGCAGAAGGCGGCCGUGCGCCUCCUGAGCGAGCAGACCUGCCGCCGCUUCUACCCGGUGCAGAUCAGCAGCCGCAUGCUGUGUGCCGGCUUCCCGCAGGGAGGCGUGGACAGCUGCUCGGGCGACGCUGGGGGACCCCUGGCCUGCAGGGAGCCCUCUGGACGGUGGGUGCUAACUGGAGUCACCAGCUGGGGCUAUGGCUGUGGCCGGCCCCACUUCCCGGGUGUCUACACCCGGGUGGCAGCUGUGAGAGGCUGGAUAGGACAGCACAUCCAGGAGUGACGCCACGUGGCCGCCUAGGCCAGGACUCUAGGUGAAAAGCAGCAGGGCCAGCAGGCCACCGCACCCCUCCACCCCCCUCAUUGUACCCUACCCAAGGACAGACGUGGGGUGGUAGGCACUUGGGUUGUAACAUUUUGUUACAAUGAACACAGCCCCUCCACCCUAGCUCACCAGCUCAGCACCUCGGUGUCACAGCGAGGACCACUGACCUGCCUGGUGCUCCACCAGGACCUCAGGUGGAAGGAAGUGGGGUCUGCAAGGUCCUCUGAACUGGCCACACGGGGGACUACACCAUGAUGACCCCUGUGACCCACACGUACGCCUCCAGAGGAUCUCCCAGAGCCAGAAAGUCUAGUCCAACCUUGUGACACCCCCGCCUUGCAAAAAAGCCAUCCUGAACUGUAACUUUCCACUGCCCACCCCACACCUAUAAAACCAGCUCCUAUCCCGUCGCCCUCCGCUGACUGUCUUCUGCAUCGGCCCACCAGCGCCAGAGCGAAUAAACAGCCUUGUUGCUCUCACAAAGCCUGUGGAGGGGUCUCUUCAUGCACAGCGCGAUUAACAUUUGGUGCCGAAACCCGGGUACCCCCUGUGACUUCUCCCCCAAUCAACUCCGACCACUUUGUCUGCCCCACAUAAUUGCACGUCUCCUUCCUCUUAUUUCCAGUUAGCUCUACAAAACUCAAGCCAUUCUUUGCUAAACCCAUCCAGCCGAACCCUAACAAAAGGUCGCUGGUUUGGGGUCCCCUCUAUCAGCUACAACUUACACUGUCACUUCCGUCCCUGCAAAGACUUGGGUUCCUACUCGCCUGAAUUGUUACCCUCACUAUGAAGGAAGAAGGCGCCUUCAGCUCUUAA